AUGGUCCGGAAGUCCAAUGCUCCACGUGGUCCGACAAAGAGGCAAAAGGAGCGCAGGACAGUGAAGGAGCAGAAAGCGAGGCAGAAGAAUGAGGCGCGGUUUGCCUCGGCCGUGCGGGGUUCACAGGCCAGCCUUUUGGAGCAGGACUUUCAAUUUGUGACGGACACGUUGCAGGACAAUCCUCGCUGGAUUCAGCCAUUGGCCGGGCUUAUUAGGUCGGGCGCAUUGAACGGCAUUUUGAAGGACAACUUUGAUGAGGAAAACGCAUCAUCAGUCGGACCAAAGUGGAAAGGUCGGGCAAAGACAUGGCUGCAGCUGCCAUUGGAGAUGAAGGUGGCCAUGAUUGAGGCCACCGGACUCAGUCUCCAGCCGGACCUCCGCACCGAUGACUUUGUCAAGAGGGCGUUCCAAGUGCAGUUCUGGGUCGGAGCAGGGCCAAAGAUCCCUUUAAAAAGGACUGAUAUUCGGCAGGUCUCCACAUUAGAGAGGUUUGCAAAACUUCGGGUUGAAUCCCUUGGUGUCAACUACUUGAACUUGCUCAACAGCAAGGAGCCUCUGAAAGCAAACAUGGACUUGCACAUUUGGUCGGUCACUGGGAAUACUCUGUGCUGCUGUGCCCUGGCCAAGACGGAGGAGGAUGGGUUGGAGUAUGAGCUCCUACCAUUGGCCAAGGGCGACCGGUGGAUCUUGUCGGACCGCGCCUCCCCAAGUUGCCGGGUCAGGAGUGAAUUGAAACCAAAUUUGUAUGACUUCUUGUGCUGGGACUUCUUUUCUGAUGAGUCAUCACGUGAGCUGCCGGACUAUGAAUCUACCUGGGAUGAGCCGGACAAUGAAGCAGCAGAAGAUAUUUUGUCGACGUCAGCUCUCACAGAGACUGGCGGCGCACCAACGGUCGUUCAGACUCCGGUAAAGCCGGCGGGAGCAUUGAAGGGUUCACCAUCGACAGCGUCACCUCAAUCGUAG